UGAGUCCCAGUGGCGAUGGCGGCCUCGGUCCUCGCGCCGCGCCCCAGGCCCUCCCCCGGGAACGAGACCCUGCACCAGCACUACAACUACGUGGGCAAGCUGGAGGGCAGGCUGAAGGAGGCCCCCGAGGGCAGCACGCUGACCACCGUGCUGUUCCUGGUCAUUUGCAGCUUCAUCGUGCUGGAGAACCUCAUGGUUUUGAUCGCCAUCUGGAGAAACAAUAAGUUCCACAACCGCAUGUACUUCUUCAUCGGCAACCUGGCCCUCUGUGACCUGCUGGCCGGCAUCGCCUACAAGGUCAACAUCCUGAUGUCGGGCAAGCGGACGCUGAGCCUGUCCCCGACGGUCUGGUUCCUGCGGGAAGGAAGCAUGUUUGUGGCCCUCGGGGCGUCCACCUGCAGCUUGCUGGCCAUCGCCAUCGAGCGGCACCUGACGAUGAUCAAGAUGCGGCCGUACGACGCCAACAAGAAGCACCGCGUGUUUCUUCUGAUCGGGAUGUGCUGGCUCAUCGCGCUCUCGCUGGGCGCCUUGCCCAUCCUGGGCUGGAACUGUGUGCACGACCUCCCCGACUGUUCCACCAUCCUGCCCCUCUACUCCAAGAAGUACAUCGCGUUCUGUAUCAGCAUCUUCACGGCCAUCCUGGUGACCAUCGUCAUCCUGUACGCCCGCAUCUACUUCCUGGUGAAGUCCAGCAGCCGCAGGGUGGCCAGCCCCCACAACUCGGAGCGCUCCAUGGCCCUGCUGCGGACCGUGGUCAUCGUGGUGAGCGUGUUCAUCGCCUGCUGGUCCCCACUCUUCAUCCUCUUCCUCGUCGACGUGGCCUGCAGGGUGAAGGAGUGCGCCGUCCUGUUCAAGGCCCAGUGGUUCAUCAUGCUGGCCGUGCUCAACUCCGCCAUGAACCCCGUCAUCUACACGCUGGCCAGCAAGGAGAUGCGGCGGGCUUUCUUCCGGCUGGUCUGCACCUGCCUGGUCCGGGGCCGUGGCGCCCACUCCUCGCCCACCCAGCCUGCCCUGGAUCCCAGCAGAAGCAAGUCCAGCGGCAGCAACAACAGCAGCCCCUCGCCAAAGAGCAAGGAAGACCCUCCCCAGAGAGUCGCCUCACCCUGCAUCACCGACGGAAACAAAACCCUGCAGAACGGGAUUCUCUGCAAGUGAGAGCGCCUGCCUCCAGGAGCAGGGGAGGGGAGCCCCGCUCUGUGGCCACGGCCGUAUCUGUUGCACGCCUCGCCCCUGGGAGUUCCAGAGAGGGGACUCGGGAAGUCCACUCGCCAGUGGCUUGCCCGGCGUGGACGUCCCGUGAGGAGGGGGGACCCAAGGACCCGCCAGCGUGUGUCACGGCAGACCGUGCGCUCUGUCCGUCUUGGCUCGUCUUCUCAAUGCACCACGCUGCGACAGUAUCUGCCACCUUCCCCUGAGCUCCCCUGGCUGCUCCCCGCGGGGCCUGGACAGGGAAGGUCGCGGGCCCCACAACGUGCAGGGUGUUUCUCAGAACGUCAUGAUGAUGUUUGGUAACUUCACUCUACACUGUGAGCAGAGUGGAUGCCUGUGUGCUCGUCAUUUCUGUGUCACGGAGCACUUGUGUCUCUUAUGUCUUCAGAUGUGUGGGUCUGAAGGAUCCUGGGAGAUCGGAUGAUCUGGUGAUCUCUGGGAGCCGUGUCCCUGUUCCUCUGGGGCUCCUGUGUCCCUGCACAUCCAAACCCACGUUAACCAAAUUCCCUGAUUGUUUGGGGUUCCUACAGAUCACAGAAGAGCCAGGGGCUUCCAGGAGCCCAUCCCCAGACCCACCGAGAAAGAGACCCACGAAGGAGCAGCAGAGGACAGACGCCCUACCCCCCCCCCCCCCGCCCCCGCCCCGGCCUGAAGCCAGAAGCAGUGGUCUGUUUAAUGCAAUGGAACGUUUGUACUGAAUUAGGAGAGGUUUACAGGGCUGUGUUGAGUCUCUUUCUCUCUGAUCAGAAAAGCUCGGAGGCGGCAGCCCCGUGUUGUCUCAGUGGCAUAGCUGGGGAGGUCGGCAGUCUCCACCCUCCCCAAAGCUGACCCUGAGAGUGACAGCCAGGAGCGUGUCCGCGUGUGCUCUCCAGGGAAACAUAAGGAUACUGUAAUCUGCCUUUGCAGCCUGGGCUGACCCUGCGUCCCUGAUCACCGUGUAAAGGGAUUACUUAGGAGGUGUUUCCGUGCGCGCCCUCCCCAAGGACCCCACCCGCAGGACAAACGUGUGUGCAUCUGUAGAGAUCUCAUAACCAUAGAGCUGAUGGCUUCUUGGUAAAAACAAAACGAGCAACCUUUAAAAGGACCCUUACUCGGGGGAGCCCACAUCGCAGCCCCUGGGGUUUCUCAGGUUGGCUGGGAAUUUCUGGCCGAGUCAAGACUCAGUCUCAACACGUUAACGAUUUGCAAGAGAAGCUGGCUCCCGUGUGUCAUCUGAUGCACAUUCCCCACACCGAGGAACGUUCCGGUGGGUCCUGGGUGGUUUCCAUGUACUGACCAAAGACUAUCCUCGUUUUUGUUGCCGAGGAGAGAAAUUGUACUUGUAAGGAGAUGUCUUCGGUGGCGUUUUUGGUGGCUUCUUUACGUCACUGAAAAGGGGCUUCUUUCUGAACUCAGAUAGCAUUUCUAGAAAAGUGAAGCAUUGAGGUACUGGGUUGAGAACACAAAGCCGCAUUCCAGAGAGCUGGAGUGUUGGGCAUCGGUGCUCGCCGGGUGACGACGUGACUUCAGGACCCGGUGCCCUGGCUCUGAGGGGCGUUGUGGGGGGGGGGGGGUCUCCUCUCUGGUGCUAAUGUUAGGGACACUCGCUCUACAGUCCCGUCGAGAGAACACGGAACUUUCAAACAGUCUGAAUGAAAAAUACGCCAAAAAAGGAACGGUGUUUGCUUGCUGUAUGCAGAACGUGAUCGGCCAUCAAGACUGGUGUGCACGGCCCUCGGCAGCUUGCGGGGGCGCGUUUAGGAGUUGAGACGACAGAGCUUGCGCUAGAUCUCACUCGGUUAGUAACCUUCACGGUGUCCCAUGUGUUUGUUAAAAAAAAACCCAAAAACCAAAAGCCUGCAUAUAAACUGGUCAUCGGGGCACCUGGGUGGCUCAGUCGGUUCAGCGUCCGACUUCGGCUCGGGUCAUGAUCUCACAGUUCAUGGGUUCAAGACCGGCAUCAGGCUCUGUGCUGACAGUGCACAGAGAUUCUCUCUCUCCCAUUCUCUUUGCCUCUUCCCUCCCUGGCUCUCUCUCUCUCUUUCAAAAUAAAUAAAUAAACUUAAAAAAAAAUAAAAAAUGAAAAAACAAACCUGUGGCUGGGGGUCAGUGUGGGGGCCUGUGUGCAGGGUGGCCACCUGGUUUCCCACCUGGGGCCACUGUCCCUCCAGGACGGAAACGGCUCUAGGAGCCCGUGCCCUCCCCUGCCCAGUCCCCCCUGGGCAGCUGCCCUGGGUCAGGGUUUGGAGGUGGGUCAACCCUUAACCCUUCCACGGGGAGAAAAUCACAGGUCCCGGCAGAGCGUGGCCGACAGACGGGCGUCUGGUUCCGCUCUGUUUGCAGCAGGAGAGAGUAGGUCAGAACCCAUCCUUCGCCCCGCGUCACUCCUGACGAAGGGCCACGUCUAGCGUGCGUGUCUGUGCGUGUGUGCACGUGUGCUUGUGUGUGUGUGUCUGCUCUGUGUUAGGCCCGCAGAUGGCCUGACUGGGGAUGUUCAUGCUGAUGUUGGUGGAGAAACCUCACUGCACAAGCGAGGACCACCGCGGCUCCCCUAGAGCGGACGCGGCCAGAGACCCCGUCAGGAAGGCCGACGCCAGACCCCGUGUGCACGCCACACCGUCAGGGGGGCGAGGCUAUGUAGGUGCUGCUGUUGGAAGAGGCACGCGCUCCCUUCGGAGAAGCUCCAGCCCUUCUGCCUCGCGAGGCGACGCAAGACCCCCGCCCACGGGAGAGGCUGGCCACGCAGCCCUCCGUUGCUCACACCUCGGUGACAGUCACUCCAACGGUGAGCUUCGCGGCAGGUGCUGCUCUCUGCCCCGUGACCUGUGCUGCCCAAGAGGCUGUCCUGGGGGUGGAACCAGGCGCGCUUCAUAGAAAACUCCUCACUGAAUUAGCAAGUGCGGGCUCUUAAAUUGUGUCUGUGAGGACAAAGCCUCACCACCCAAACGUUUUGGCGUCUAAGUCGAAAUAUCAAAGGGUUUGCUGCACAAAAACGCACACACCUGUCUCCCGAAGAUGAAGGCACAUUUUCCCAUGACCAGUGAAGAAGGGCACCAUCGCCAACAAGGCCGCGACACCCGGUGCCCCGGGCCACGGCGCUGAUGCUCGGGGACGCCACGCGGCCCCUCCACCUGGCUGCCACAGAUGCGGCCAGAAGCCACGUCGCUUCCUGGAGGAGGUUAGAAAGCUCGAGGCUGGUUUGAGAAUGCCACUCCUCAGAACCCAAAGGCGAUUCUGUCCCAGCAUCAAAGCAGAAAGUGGCUCAUCGGCGACACGCCCAGGCAGAGACUUUCACGGCAAUUCUUUCUGGUUCCGCAAAAGUCAAUGGAAAACAAAACACAGGAUUCUCAAGUGAUAUUUAUCAAUAUAUAUAAUUUCCCAUCCAAAUGCUUUUUAAAAAGUAAUAAAUAUCUUAUUAUUACACAUUGGAUUUACACGGAGUUCUUUCCUAAUCCUUGGACUUUUAACAUCCCAUGUUUAAUUCUUGUUUAAUUCUCAGUGCAAAGAAACAUUCACAUACUUAAAGUUUUUACAAUAUUUAUUCUGGAACAAGUUUUAUUCAAAAGGCAAAUGAACACAGAACAUUGCACUCGCAGCUGACACACAGUCAUUACAGAGAAAGGUAACUCAGCGUUCAAAGACAGAGAUGCCCACGUAUUCCUGCUUUGUUGACCACUGCUGGAUUUGGUCGGGUAGACAGUUUGGUUGUGGUAAGGAUGCCCCGGGUGCGUGGGACACUCAGGACCACGCCUGCACUCUCCGUGUGCACGCUUUGCUACCUACAGCGUCUCAAGGUGAAGCAACGACACAGAAAUGUAACCUUGUACGAGGUUUCGUGCCUGGCACUUUCUUCCGUGAGAAUGGUUCUCCCAGCUUGGGGAGGAGCCCUGGAGAGUCACUUAUUCAGGACAUCUGGGGAGGCAGGGGGCCUGAGGGGUGCAGCCCCCAGUCCCCAGCGCCCAUGCCAACACCAGCCGUGGGGCAUGCAUGAGAAGGGUGCCCCGCAGGCUCUGAAUGUCCCCUGUGACCCUCCUGCCCCACCCGCCUCCAGCUCACACAGCCUUCAGACCCCCGGGCCCAACCGGGAGCCCCAGCCUCCACUGUCCUGUUGAACCUGGCCACGCCGGCCAUCAGGCCCAUCUGACCCUCGUGCCCCGGGUGUGUUUGUUUCCUACCGGAUGACAGAUUCCCGUCUGAGCCCAGCACAGAGCCUGCCGCACAGGAACCUGUGCACAGACGGGGCCAAGACGAAUGCCCGCCAGCUGUGGGAUGCACAGCUGUGCCCAGGCAGACCGCUCGCCCCCGAGCGCACCUGUCCCUUCCUGCCCCUCGUCUCUGACCUCGGAAAGACACUGCCGGAUGCAAGCAGCGCGUAAGACUGGACUUGCUCGUCCCCGAUCGCUUCUUCUUCCCUUCAGCCUCCUGCGCUGUCUCCGUCCUUCCUGGUCUUCCCUGCUGGCCUCCCUUCCCUCCUGCCCCUCGGUCACUUCCACAGUGCCCACCCCCGCCCUCCUGUCUGUUCGUGCUCCCCCUUGCACUUGGGUCCCACCUCCUGCAGCAUCCAGGACGCCCCUCCAGUCUGCAGAGGCCAGGACCUGUCAGCCCCCAAACUCUUCACGUCUGCUUAACUUCCUGCCUGUCCCUGUUGCUUAAAAUACCAGAGCCCGGGGAGGGGGGGCCGAGGUGCCCGACCCACCGCACGCCUGCGCACGCGCACACACACGGGUGUGCAUCCGCCGUGAUCAGCGCAGGUACGUGCGCGCGCGCAACUGACAUUCAGAGUCCUCGUACAAAAUCGCAGUUUUUCUGGCUGCUAUAAAAUGUGCCAGUUUUAAAACUGUGCAUUUGUUGCUUGAAAACUUAUAAAUAUUUAUAAGCCCCAUUAUAAAUAAAUUGUGGCUGGCAGACGGCACUCUAUCCGCCAGCAGCGAUUGCUCGA